CACUUGCAUGGACAACGGGGCAUAGGCCUUGACUACUCCACAGGUCUGCACAUCUCAGCCUACGGAACUGGGCACUCCAGAUUACCCGUACACCAACCACACACAAUUGAGACACUGUCAGGGCGCGCCCAGACAGAAGAACAAGCACGUGUGCAGAAAGUGACGCAUCCCCAAUGUCACACCGGUACGACGCGUGCGGAAAGUAGGUGCAAACUCAACGACCAAUGCAAAUCGUUCUACUACAAUCGAGAGGAGAAGCGUUGCUACCAAAGUUUGUACGUGGACUCGUUGUUACCAGAGGCCUAUCGAAUCAAGCCGAAU